AUGUCGGACUCUGUGGAUCGGGUCUUCGUCCACGCCCUCAAUACCGUCAAACGGAUACCUCGAACCGGCACCGCAAGGCCUCCCGCCACGGAGCGGUUGAAGCUCUAUGGAUUGUAUAAACAAAGCAUGGAGGGGGAUGUCGAGGGGGUGAUGGACCGGCCUGUCGGAAAUACCGCGGAUGUUUAUAUGGAGUGUGAGAAGUGGGAUGCUUGGUUCGCUCAACGUGGGCUGUCUCGCACCGAGGCUAAACGGCGGUAUAUCUCAACGCUUAUCGAGACGAUGCAUACCUAUGCCUCACAAACCGCUGAGGCGCGCGAGCUCGUGGCGGAACUCGAGUUUGUGUGGGACCAGGUGAAAUCCAAUAUGUCUUCGUCGACGGUGUCGAGCCCGAUACAGUCAACGGGGUUCCCUGCGCUGCCGCAAAUGCAGUCGUCAUAUCCGAGUAUCGGCGCGCAAAUGUCACAGCACCCAGAGUAUCAGCAUAUCGGCUCACCAGUGCAAGGGGACUCUCGAAUGCGAGUCCUCAGCCCUGUCAGUCAGCCUGAUGAUAUAUAUCAACGACGUGCGGCGCGAAUGGGCUAUGAACGCGAGCAAGGCAUGGAUCAAGCGAUAGACGACGAAGACGGCAUCAACCUAGAUGAAGAGGAAGAGGAGGAGGAAUUCGCAGAGGCUCAGGCCACCCUAUACGAAGACGAAGAUGAUCACGACGACCUAGGCGCCAUAGACGACCAAGACGGCUACUCAAAUCACAUCCCAGACGGCAACCGAAGCCGCAAACGCAAUCGGAACCGCAACCACUACGACGACGUCGAGAGCCGGCGAUGGCGCCGCAGAGUCGAGCAGGCCUUGACCAAGAUGACCGCCGAGAUUGCCGCCGCCCGCGAGCAGAUGGAAGCUCGUGCCGUCGCCCACCGUCGACGCUCGGGCGUCUGGGCCUGGUUGCGCUGGCUGGUUUGGGUGACGCUGCGGCAGAUCAUCUGGGACCUGGCUGUGCUGGGCAUGCUGUUGAUCUGGAUGCGGCUGCGCCGAGACCAGCGGCUUGAAGAACAGUUGAAGGCUGGGUGGUCGGUUGUCAAGAGCCGAUUGCUGAGUCUGAAGGCUCUGAGGGGGUUGAAGAGGGUAAAUAUUCAUUCGAGGAUUGCCUCUUUCAUAUUAUUAGGGUUUAUUUCUGUCCCUACAUUUGGGCCUGGUCAAUCACCUUGUUGCAUCACAUGGAAUCUAAACACGUUCCGGUUUCUUUCGUUUAUUUCCUUUGUUCGGGGCUUGACUAGAGGUACCUCAUACCGAUCUGUAUUCUAG